GCUGAUCGAGGACUCGAACAUUACCACUUUAUAUAGAGAAGAUUGAUGCAACACUGGGCAUUAAAGCUAUGCGAAACCAGUUGGAUAGCUGGCUGGCAGUGAAAAUAUACAUAUGUACAGAACUGACUGAAAGUAUUCCAGAACACAGUAGUAUUAAUUGAUUGGUGAAAAAAUUUUGAAAUGUUUGGAAUUGUAAAAGAUAUUAAGUUUAAUAGUGUUACAAGUAAAAUAACCAACUAGCUAAAAUUGGAAAAAUUUUCAUUAUUUCGUAUAAUUGGCGUAGACAAUUCCUUUUAUAAUAUCCAUGAAAAAAAACUUAAAAAUAAAAUUGCAAACAAAUUUACGCAAGCAGUGUGCAAAGUAGUGAAGUAUAAAAAAAAAUUUUAAAUAAAACGAGUGAUGAAACGAAAUGCCAAAACAAGUUGAGAGAAUUGAAGAAUUUCAAUACGGCUGCGCGACAGCGAAGACGAAACGUGCGCGUAACAGAGACGAAACGAGUGCGAACGCGAACUGAACGAAACGGAGCGGCGCGUGUGUACGAGUGAAAGAGUUGCUAGGCUAGCAGCAGUGGAGGGAGAAGAAAAAGAGGUAGAAUUGCAGUUGAGCAGCAACACCGCGGCAAAGUUUUGUCUUCCAGCGAAGGCCUGCACGAGUAUGCGUGCGUGCGUGUGUGUGUUUGCGGGUGCUGUGGCAAAAAGUGCAACGACAGUCAUCGCAGCGACAACAACUGCAUAGCAAGCAAGUAAAGCAAACAAUAACAAUUGACUAGAUCGAUGCAAAGGAAUGCACAAUAAAAGCAAAGCAACAAAAAAUAAUGAGAAAUUAAAAAAAGGCAACUGAAAAGACAGGAAUUUUUUCACGCGAUAAGUAAAAAACAAAAAAAAAAGAAACGCAAAUGUGUAUGAAAGCGGCAUAAAAUGUAGCUGAAAGUGUGUUUGUGAUUUGAUGAAACAAAGCAAAAUUUCAUCACUCAAGUGCCACCAAACGUUAAAAAUCAGCGAAAAUUCUUAUUUUGAGUUUUUUAUUUUCUUUUUGGUAAAAAAUAAUUCUGCAAUAUUAUUUAUGUGUUAUGUAGCAAAUGUGUACUAACAAUUUUCAGUUUCGAAAAUUAAGUUUUUUUUUUUUAAUUUUUGCCGCCACACGAAAGUGUAAAUAAGCUACGUUGUUGUUUUUCUUUAUUUUGUUGCCAAACAAAAAAAGUUAAAAAAGAAAAUCAAAAAAAUUCAUAAAAAAAAUGAAAUAAUUAACCGCCUUUUUCAUUUACCAAUUAAUUCACCUCGAUUUCAAUCAAAUAAAUCACAUUCUUUCAAUUUCAAUCCCUUUUGAAAUUAUGAAGAAUAACCAAACGAAAACCUCUAAUAACAACAAUAACACCAAUAACAACAACAGGAACAGCAAAAAUUUAAAUUACCUAAAUAACAUCAAUAAAAAAUUCACCAAUAACAGCAAUAAAGUCAGCAAAGCCACACAAUCGACGGCCAGCAACAAUAACGCUCAUAACAACACCAACAACAGCACUAAUCACAACAAUAACAACGCUAAGCAUAACAAGAAGAAUAAUAAUAAACGCACUUUGCGUUUGGGUCGCAGCAAUAAAAUGGGCGGCCGCAAGGAUGUGCGUCGCGGCCUCGAGCCACUCGAAUUCGAGGAAUGCAUCGUCGAUAGUCCAGAGUUUCGUGACAAUUUGAAUCGGCACGAAAAGGAAUUGGAUCACACUAGUCAUCAGAUCAAGCGUAUCAUCAAGGAGGUGAAAGAUUUGAUGAGCGCGGCUAAAGGUGAGUCGAAUAG